AUGGUCAGUUGUGUCGACAAGAUCUUCUGCACCGCGUGUUGCAAGGCUCGGAUUCGAGGAUGUACAGUUUGUGCACAGAAAUUCCUUGCGUAUCUAAUUUUUGGUCUUAUACUUGCAGCUAAUUUGGCGGGUGUAGUUGAGAUAUCAAUUCUCUGGAAGCGGCCAGAGGUGGUUAUACCCUUCCUUGUUGUGAUUGGAUACGCUUUGAUCGUUGUCUCUGUACACUUCUGUUUCGCUGUGUGGCUUGACCCGGGAUUCACAACACCUUCGUAUGGAGGUAUUCGGCGCAAGUGCUUGAUCUGCGAUAAAGCCAAGCCGAUACGCGCACACCACUGUAAAAUAUGCAAUCGAUGCGUCCUUAAGUACGAUCACCAUUGUCCUUGGAUUGGGAACUGCGUUGGUCUCAAUAACUACGGACACUUCUGGUGCUUUCUGCUCUGGGCCAUCAUUACGCAAUGUCUUUGUAUACUCUAUAACGUCCUGGGAACGGUCUUUGUUUUUCAGCUUCUUGUCGCCUAUCUACCGAUUGUUUCUAUUGUUGUGGCUGCAAUUGUAAUCGCUGGUAUAUCGAUUCUCUUCAACAUGCACGUCAUUAUGAUACGCAACAACAUGACCACUAUCGAGUACUUCAAAUGGAAGGAUUCCAAAGCAAGUCUGCAGCACUAUACGAAUCACUAUACUCUCGGUUCUUCAGGAGCUAAUAUUGCACAGGUCAUAUCACCUAUUUGGGCAAUAGGGGUUCCGUGGCGCAUUCGACCAAGGCACUCUGGAUUGUGGACAUACUGUUACGAUCAAAAUGUUGAGCUGGCUGUGCCAAAGGUAGAGACCAAUCACUCUAUUGAAGUUAUGCACACACCUCAGCUAUUUACAAAGCAACUAGACGCCAAUCCAACUGUACAGUUGGAGCCCACCGUUACAGCAUCGAUCACUCAUAACGCGAUGCCUAGUAAUGCUAGAACAUACCCCCAGCCUGUGAACGCACGCAAAAGACGGCAUGAGCCUCCUAGAACAUCGGUGCGGUUAGAUGUUAUGGGGCCAUACACCAUAGGGUCACUAAACUACCCGAGUUCUACCAUAAACAAUCCUACUACUCUCUCCCUUUAUGCGUCUAGACCAAGAACCUCUGAAUCAAUUAUUACAGCAUCGUCAAGACCAUCGUCAGCGGCACCAAGUCGUGUAACUACUCCGCCGGUCAUUCAAAUGGACCCCAUGGCCUACCACAGUAAUAGCUUUUCUUCUCCUUCAAGAGUGGUCGCUUUUUCUCCUUCCAAAAGCCCAACCACUCAACCUAGAUCACCGAACAUAUUCGAUAGAAUUGUCCAGGGUCUGGAAAAUUGA